AUGCCACGCAACCAGACGUUGUGUCGAUAUUUUGCCAACGGAAUCUGCUCGAAAGGCGCCGCUUGCCAGUACGUUUACCCGAAAAUUGCUGUUUUUCAGCGAAAUUUCAUUUUCCUAGCUGAAAAAUUGAUUUUCAGAUUCGCGCACGAUGAAGAACGGCGAAGCGAGGAGAUUUGUCAGUUUUAUCUUGUCGGCAAGUGAGUAAAUCGCUGAAAAUUUCAAAAAAGUGAAUUUUUUGGGGAGAAAUCUGAAAAUUUCGCAAGAAUAAAUUAUUUAAAUAUCGGACCAAAAGUGUGUAUUUCCAUGUUGAAAAUAUUUUGAAAAACACGUCAAGAUUGUUUUCAGAUGCUCGUACGGACAAUCCUGCCGUUUCAUCCACGCAAAACCGCAGCAAUCGACGGCCUCCACGUCAUCGGAACCACAACCACCGGCUCCGGCUCAAAAUGCGACGCGAGUUCGUCCGAUUCAACUGAAAACGCCCACGUUCAAUGCGAACGCCGUCGAAUUUGUGCCCAGCUGGAAGAAACCAGAACGAGGUUGGUUUUUUGAAUUUUCCAGCGUCAUGAUACAGAAAGUCAGCGAUUUUUUCAAAUCCUAACCAGAUUUUUCAUGUUUUUCAGCAGCGCCCCUGUCGUACGCCUCGGCAGCAGCCGCCGGAGCAUCUUCUUCUUCCGCUUCCUCUUCCUCACUUUCGGAAGCGGAUCAAUUGCGAAAACUGGCGAAUCAGUCGCUGUGUCCGUACUACGAAAAAAGCGGAGAAUGCUACCGUCGGGAGACGGACUGCGCGUUCGCACACGGAGAUCAUUGCGACAUGUGCGGCGAGUGGAGUCUCCAUCCGCACAAUGAGGAAAAGCGGAAACUCCAUCAGACUGUACGCUUUUUAAAGGGUCCGAACAACUCGACAAUCAGCGGUCACGAUUAUUCCAGAAUACUUCCAUAUUUUACCCAUUACUCAAAAAGGACAUUAGGCCCGGCUUCGUAGUCCCUGGUCGGAACUUUAAAAAUUUUAAAAAAAUCUUAGCGACUCAGGCCCGAAGAUCUAGUACGUCCUGACAAACAGAGACCAUCAAUACGCUUUUUUCAAUUUAGUUAGGGUACUAGAAAAAUGCAGUAAAAAUCGCCGUUUUUUUUUUGCAGGAAUGCCUAAACGCGCACACGCAAGAGAUGGAGCGCGCGUUCAUGGUACAAAAGACGGAGACCAAGACGUGCGGCAUUUGUAUGGAGAACAUUUUCGAGAAGAAUCUUCGCUUCGGCAUACUCAACGGCUGCCAGCACUGUUUCUGUCUGUCGUGCAUCCGCGAAUGGCGCUCGCGCGACCAGCACACGGCCGAUCUGGCCACGAAAACGGUGCGCUCGUGUCCGGAGUGCCGCCAGCACUCGGACUACGUGAUACCCUCGGUUUUCUGGGUCGAGACGGGCGUCGAGAAGAAUCUGCUCAUCGAGAUGUACAAGGAGAACACGAAGGGAAAAGUGUGCAAGUACUACGUGGUACGGUUUUUUUUUUCUGCGAAAAUUCCGAUUUAUGGUGUCUAUCAGAGCUGGGCAAUUGGCCGGCCCGGGCUUUUCGUUGGCCGACCCUUAACUUUUGAACCACUUGAAAUAUUACGAUCGGACCCAAACUUUGCAGGAUUGUUGGACUUGGAUUGAGGGCUAUUGGGACCACGUUUCAGCCCGAUCAGAUCAUCCAAUUGCCCAGCCCUGAUAUCAAUCAUUUAACAAAAAAUGUUUCAACUUGUAGUGAAACUGUAAUCUUUAUCAAAAAUUGUUCAGUGCUUAUACUUUUGCAAUGCAAUGAUCCGAUCGGGACCCAACUUUGCAGGCUUCUUGGACUUGGGUUUAAGUAUCUCGAGUCCCAGUUUCAGACCGAUCCGAUCAUCCGGUCCCGAGAUACAGUGGAUCAGAGAAAGUGCCGGCUUUUUGCGAACACCCGGUCUUUUCGGCCUCUGAUCUACAUUUCUCGAAGCCGGAUGAUCCGAUCGGUCUGAAACUUGGACCCAAGAUACUUCAAUUCAAGUCCAAUAAGCCUGCAACGAUUGGGUCCGAUCGGAUCAGUGCGAAUGAGUCAAAAGUUAUGCUGAAAAAGCGCGGAAAAUAGUCCGUUUUGCUUGCAGAAGCCGUCGUCGCGCGGGAACUGUCCAUUCGGCAACAAGUGCUUCUACAAACAUCAGUUGCCGGACGGAUCCAUUGAUCCGGGCGAGGAUCCGCACGUGUCCCGCCGCCGCAACCGUCUCGUCGACUUCAUUUUCGACAACGACGACGACGACGACGACGAUAUCAGCUAUUUCGACGAGAGCGACGACGAUCGAGUCGGCCAUCCGGACGAGAGAGAUCCCGAGUUUCAGGUUGGAUUCUUGUAAUUUCCUAUAAAAAUUCUAAAUUUUUUGCAGGCAAUGAUGCGCGAAAUGAUGCUGGGCACGGAGGCCGGAAAUCUGCUGCGAUCGGUGACCGAGCUGAUCCGUGGAUUCCAGGGAUUCGGACCGAUGAGCUUCUCGCGCGCUCCGGCGGUGCCAGCCGAGCCUGCUGAUGCUCCGGCCGAGCCAGAGAACCAACAACCACCACCAUCGCCCUAA